UUUCAACAGCUGCCUACCCUCUUGACCAGAAACCAUCACCUCUGUUGACCAGAACACAAAUUUAUUUCUUUCCUUAUCAAUAGAAACAAACACCGACAGGAUGACCAACAAUCAACCCGACUCUGCUCAAUUCUCGACCUUGCUCCCAGCCGACCAGUACUACGGUACCUCUCACGAGCCUCGAAGAACAACUAGAACCUACAGUUGGUCUCAUCGAAACAACAAUAACAACACUAAUGGCGGAAGCAGCAACACCCAUGACAUCGGUGGCACAAACAUCACCAACUCCCUGAAUAACUUUCACUUCAACCCUCAAGAGCUUGAUUCAACUAUCAAUAAGCAAAAUCUUGACCAAGAGGAAGACUCAUCAUUUGUACAACAUCAACGAAACCGUAGACUCAGUCAUGAUGAAAAACCGAUCCAAGCUAGGAAGUUCUUACUCCCAGUAGAAGAAACCAUCAGAUUGGUUUUAGAACAAGAAGACACAAACGGCGACUUUCAGAUCUCAAUUACUGAUUCAGGUCCGAAGUUGUUAUCUGUUGGAACGGUUUCUUCUAAUGGGUACAAAAAAUUCGACAUUCGAGGACAAUAUAUGAUCUCCAACCUCUUGCAAGAGCUGGCACUUGCUUCAUCAUAUGGUCGAAAACACAUUGUGUUAGAUGAAGGAAGACUGACAGAAAACCCAGUGGAUCGACUUUCGCGAAUGAUCAAGACGACGUUUUGGCCCUCACUGACGCGAAGGAUCGAUGAAGCUGGAUUACUGACGAUCUUGACUGACCCCAAGGAUCGAUCAUCCACCCAAGCCAGAAGGAUUUACGUCCCCCAUGGGGAAGCAGAGAUCUUGGCUUACUAUCAACAAGUCGCUAGUCAACAUCCUCAGAUCAAAUUGAUCGUUGAGGAGCUGCCCAAGCUAUCAGACAUCACUCCUAGCUUCGUUCGCUCUCUUAACGACCGCCCCGGCAUCUUGGCUCUCGCAAUGAAAAAAGUUCAGGUCGGCCCAGGUCAUCAUCAACUACAAGCUAUCCCGUUCGUCGUGCCUGGUGCUCGGUUCAAUGAGCUCUAUAAUUGGGACUCUUAUUUUAUUUCAAUCGGACUGUUGAUCGAUGAUCAUUUGGAACUCGCUCAAGGGAUCGUCGAACAUUUCGUAUUCGAAAUCAAUCAUUAUGGGAAGAUUUUGAAUGGCAAUCGGUCAUACUACUUGUGUCGUUCUCAACCUCCAUUCCUGACCGAUUUCGCUUUGCAAGUGUACUCUCGACUACACCCGCUUCAAAUCACUGAAAACAAGAUUUGGUUGGCCAAAGUGAUCAAAGCUGCGAUCAAGGAGUAUCAUACGGUUUGGAUGGCCAAACCAAGACUAGAACCUAGGACGGGAUUAAGUCGAUAUCGACCGGAUGGGAUCGGAGUUCCUCCAGAAACUGAAUCCUCUCAUUUUACACACGUCUUACAGCCUUAUGCUCAAAAGCAUUCGAUGAGCGUGAAUGAGUUUAUUGAUGCUUACAAUCAAGAGAAGGUCCAUGAGCCAGAAUUAGAUGAAUACUUCACUCACGAUCGAGCGGUCAGAGAAUCUGGACACGACACUACUUAUCGUUUCGAAGGUGUAUGUGCGGACCUGGUGACGAUCGACUUGAACAGUCUAUUAUAUAAAUACGAGAUCGAUAUUGCUACGUGUAUUCGAGAUGUUUUCGACGAUCGAUUGGAGCUGGAUGAAGAGUUCGAGUUCUCUAGUUUCCCAUUUGGAGAAGAACUUCCGUAUUCGGAAUAUUUUGAUCACUCUCAACCAUCACCACCACCACCACCACACCAACAACAUGUCCCCAUCGAUCAAAAAGUUCAGAGCUCGAAAGAAUGGUUCGAUCGCGCUAAGAGACGUAAACAGUUGAUUGACCAUUUCCUUUGGAAUCCUGGGAAAUCUCUCUUCUUCGAUUUCAAUGCUAAGGAAUUCAAACAAUCCAACUAUGAGUCGGUGACUGCUUUCUGGUCAUUAUGGGCCGGUCUUGCUAGUCAAGAACAAGCUGAAAAAUUGGUGAAGACGUCGUUGAGGAAGUUUGAAGUACCUGGUGGACUUGUGGCAUGUACUGAAGCAUCUCGAGGGGAGAUAAGCUUAGUAAGACCCAAUCGACAAUGGGAUUAUCCUGCCGCUUGGGCUCCUCAUCAAAUCUUGGCUUGGGUCGGAUUGGAGCGAUAUGGGUUCACCCAAGAAUCUCAACGAACCGCUUACCGAUGGUUAUACAUGAUGACGAAAGCGUUUGUGGAUUAUAACGGGGUUGUACCUGAGAAAUAUGAUGCGAUCGCGCUCAAUCAUUUGGUCCAUGCUGAGUAUGGCAACCAAGGGGUUGAUUUCAAGAUGGUUCCAAGAGAAGGGUUUGGUUGGUGUAACACGAGUUAUCAAUUAGGCUUGAAGUUCUUGAACGACUUCCAACGCAGAGCCCUUGGCGUUCUCGUCCACCCUGACGAACUCUUCCUUCUCGCUAAACCUCGGCUUCCUACUCUUUAACUUGAUCAUAUCCUCCUCCACACUCACUGAAACCCUUUGGCCCGUGUGCAAUCACGUUUCAUUCUCCUUGAUCUUUGGUAGAUUGAGUGGGGUUUUUAUUUGGUCUUUUUGUUUUGGUUGAAUGUUCUGCUUCAAGGAAUUAGAUCGUCAAGAAGAGAUACAUAUACAAAUUUAAGGAAAAUAAAA